AUGAGUCUGUCACUCCUUUCACGUUCUCGAGCUGUAGAACGGACACUAUCCGCAACAUACACGCCUAAUAUUCAGACCAGUGCACCGCGCUGUUUGAUGAACACGUCGCGUCACUACGAUAACCUUCGACGGACGCGUUGCUCGCGCCUAGCUAAGCAGCAAGUUGCCCAAUUGAUGACAAUCACGAAAAAACUGCUUUUGGAAUCACAAAAUGCCUCUCCGAAGCAGGUAGAUAGGCCACGACCAAAGAUUUUGGUCAACAACAGAGCAAUUUCCCACUGCAUUGCAUCUAAUCGAAUCCCUUCGGAGUCUACCUCUUCACAACAGGAAACUUCCCAGCUAUUCAGAGAUUUUGUAUGGCAGGGAAAGCUAUCCCGAAGCCUCGUCUCCCAACUCAGAAGGGAGCAAUGUACAGCCGUACAAGCGAGAAUAUUGAAUAUUGUUCUUCAAGGAAAUGAUCUUGUCGUGGAGGCAAACGAAGACUCUGGUCGAACCCUUGCCUUGCUCAUUUCGACGAUUCAGCGACAUUUAAUAGAGCCUAAUGUCCAACAUGGACACCCCUCCAUCCUGAUUAUCGUGCCUACUCGCGGAUUGGCGCUGCAACUGGAGGCGACUGUGAACGAGAUUAUCGGAAAAUCUCCUUGGAAUUGUCAAACCGCAAUUGGAGGAACCAACGUUCAGAUUGAUAUACAGCGUGUACGGCAGAAGUGCGAUAUUUUGGUGGCAACUCCGGGUCGCCUAAGCGCUCUAUUAAGGGAGGAGGGCUUUGCCCAACGAAUGAGGCAAAUACGAUGCGUGAUCGUCGAGGAGGCAGGCAAAUUGAACCGCCCUAAUCAACGACGGGAUCUGUUCGCUAUAUCAAAGCUUCUCCCAUCAAGAGAGGGUGGGAGGCAGACGCUACUUUCGGCCACGGAAAUCACCGAACGGUUCCUCAUAGAUGUUUUUCUGGGGAAAGAAUAUCAACACCUUCGCCUGAGUCAGGGAUACGCGCCAAGUCACGGGCAUAUCCAGAAGUACCUGAUUCUAGACUCGGAAUGGCAUCUCCCAAAGCUAGCGAAAACAAUCUGGGACACGUCACAUGCAAGCCCUGUCAACAAGGUCAUUGUUUUCUUCUCGACGGCCAGGACCGUCGCGCUGGCCAGUGCCACGCUGUCGCAAAUCGACAUCCGCACACCAGUUUUUGAACUUCACUCGCGCACAUCGUUGGCAGCUCGUCGUCGAGUAGCGCGAGAGUUUACAGAAUCACGCUCAGGAAUCCUUCUUUCAAGUGAUUUGACGAUAGGAGGCGGCUUCGAAUUUCCAGGCAUCACCUCGGUGAUUCAAGUCGGUUUGCCUGAAUCUGUUAGUGAAUAUCUCCAACGCUUUAGACACGCCACACACCAUGGCUUGAGACUUCUGAUCUUGGCCCCUUGGGAACAACGGUUUCUUGCCGAAAAAGGCCUCAAGAAUUUACCACUGGAAGAAGAAUGUAUGGACGACAAUAUUAUGAAACAACUCGGUCUGUGGAAGGAAAAAGUCGAUCACGCGAUGGGUUCGGUGGAGGAAAAGACAAAGGUUGGGGCAUAUCAGGCUAUGCUCAGCUACUACGCUCAGAAGCAGAGCGUAAUGGGUCUUAGUGCAGAGUCGGUGUUACUUGUGGUCAACCAGUAUGCAAAGAAGACACUUCGCUGGAAGCUGGGCGUAGAGGGCAGAGAUGGACUACCCCCUGUAUCAGCCAAAGCAGCGGCAAUGAUCAAUCUGCCAGCGUCACUAAAGCAGUGCGAGCUCAACAUUGAAAGGGCUUCAGACGAUUAG